AUGCCUUCGCUCAGGGCCCGGCGGAGGCUCGUUUGCUUCUACUGCGGCCGCCGCUCGAGUCUCUACUUCGAGGGCCAGCCCAAGUUCAACUGCACCAGCUGCGAGGCCACCAACUGGCUCGACAAGGAUGGAGAAAUCACAGACCCGCCUACCGUCGACAGGACUCCCGUCCAGUAUGCCAUCCCUCGCAAGUCCCGCGCCUCGACGUCCCCUCCGUCAGCCUCGCCCAGCUCCCCACUAGCUUCCCACGACUCGCUCUUCUGCGCAACGUGCCUACGCAACCAGCACAUGCUCCGCAGUUCAUUGGCCCAGUUCGAGUGGCCCGAAGACAGCACCGGCGCAGAGUACCUCGCUCGCGAGAAGAAAUACCACCUGCUCCGUACGGACCUCGAGAGGCGAUACCCCCAAGUCUGCGCAGACUGCGAGCCACGGGUCGAGAAGCGGUUGCACGAAGCGAGCUAUACCGCCCAGACGGACCACCUCAAACGCAUGAUCACCAAGACCCGCUCACAGCGCGCAGAGGUCAAGAACUGGAGCGUCCUCGACUUGCUAGAUGUUGGCGGGAAAUGGGCGUGGCACGGGAGCUAUGUGUUGCAGUUCGCAUGGCAUGCAGUGAUGCUCUGCGGCUUGCUUGCCGAUGGUGUGGCUGCAGCGGAGACAGAGUCAGCCUGGGCCAUGUCAGGAGCGCGCAUGUUGAGACAGGUGACCAGGUCUUCUCUUGGCUCACAACGCGUCUUGUCCUUGGCCAUCCAGAUCGGCCUGUGCUCAUUCCCUUGGAAUCCACGGUUCAAGCAAUCAAUUCGUGGUUUCACCGCUCAUAUCAUUGGAUUUAAGCAGUGGUACACGUACCAACUGCUUGCAGUCCUUGUGAGAAUGGUGUCGCUGUCCGCAUCGCAGUAUGCCCAGACUCAUGGCAUAACACCGUCGGCACAGUUGGGAGCGCAGGUAUUCCUAACCAUUUUCACCCUAUAUGUCUAUCGGAUGGCACCUGGCUCCAUUCGCACAGACACCACGCCACUAUUCAGACGACCGCAGAAGCAACAGGGGCCCACGCCCAAAAGGCCUGCGAGAGCAGUCGCUGCUCACCAAGAACCCAAUAGCCUGGGCGAUGUUCUUGACGAUAUACUUCAUGAGCCAUCAAGGCCAAGUUUGCCAGACGAUGACGAUGACCCAUCUGACCUGGUCUUCAACCCUCAAAGACUACCUUCGAGAUCGCCCAAUGGCACUCCUUUCGGACAGACUCAACGAUCGAAUCUUGGCGGGAACCUGAUGGACAUGUCUGGCCUGUCUGCGAAUAUCCAGGAGGCGCCUCCUGCUGUUCACUACGAUGAAGAGAUGGACUGGUCCCCAUCUACUUCGCAGCAUCGAGCAUUCAGCACCUACAACUCGUACAAUGUGAAAAAUCCCAAUCCACGAUUCAACGAUAUUCCUGUUGAACCAAAACCAGGGCCAAUAUGGUACAAGGUACCGCCGGCACCAACCAAUCCAGCCCAGCGAUUAAGGAACCCUCCCUCGCGGCCAACGAUAAGAGAAACACUGAAGCCCCAAAAGGAGACCAGCAUCUUCACUCGCGACCACAACAAAAAGCCUGUGCAGCUGGGAUCACCAUUCGUGGAGAAAGCGUCGAGCCUCAACAUUGCAGAACCAAAGUUCUACGCCCCAGAAGCACGGAACGACCCCAGGGACGGGCUCUCAAACAUGUUCGCGUCUUCAUUUAGCAUAAGUCGCGGCGAGGAGCUAGACUCGCAAGGGUCAGCCACAACGCGCACGCCUGGCGCGCACCAGAGCGCGCUUGGCCGGAAGCGACUGACGGCGCGCUUGCCGGAACUCGUGGUCGUCUUUGGAGCUGCUUAUGCUUGGAACACUGCCGCACAGAGCACCGAGACUUAUGGCUCCACCGUCGGUCUCGCAUCGCUUUGCGCGGCUCUGAUGGUGUCUCUGAGGCUCACGGCGGACUUGCUCGUGGACCACCAGAUCCGGCAUGGACCGCAGGCAUCUCUGCUUCGGCCGUCCUGGGCGACUGUCGGUCUUGUCCAGGUCAUCGGCUGCCUCGCUCUGCUCACCCUCGUGUGGUCAGGCAACAACUCUGGACUUGCUAGCGCUUCAGAUGUCGUGCUGUACGGCAAUGUGUUGUUUGGCGCAGUCGUUGCUCAUCAUCUUGUCCAUAUUGUAAUGUGA